GGAGCUAGAUGCUAACCCUUUAGCCUACAGGUAAACUCAAGUGUUAACACGUAGGCUACAUACAAGUCAAACCAGACGACUGACAGCUCAGCUCGUAUACAGUACACACAUACGGUUUUCGGAGGAUCUUUAUAUGGCUGAUAAUGAAGAGCCCAAACCUUCAGCACCACUGGAUAUCAGUAAAUUAAUGAUCAAAGUGGACUGGACUGAAGCAUUUCCAGACAGAUGGAGAGCAAGAUUACAGAUCGCCCUUCAGUCGUGGUUGUCAAAACUAGAAGAAAAUGCAACGGUUCACACUAUUAAGCUCAUGAACGAUCCGUCAUUUGCAGAAGUGCAGAUAACUCCAUCAACAGCUCUAGAAGCUUUAAAAAAGCUGAAGUUUAUACCGUUGAGGUUUAAAAAUGAAAAUAAAGAAGUGACUGCAUGGAUCUGUCAGGAUGGAGCGGAUUAUGUGAAUAUACCACAAAAGUCCUUGCAGGAGGAGAACAAGCCUCCGUCACCAGAGGUGAUUACCUCAUUACCUCAGACUUCUGCAGCAAGUAAUGAAGGAAGUGCAGCAUCUAAUAUUGCUCUAAAUGACACUAAUAAUAUCAAAACCACUGAAACGACCCCUGAGAGAUCAGAUGGACUCACUGUACCCCUAUAUGAGUUCUGGUACAUGCAUCAUGCCUACAGAAAGGAGCUGGAGCAAUUUGAGAAACAGCAUGGAGUGUCUAUUUGUGCAGAAGUGUCGGUCUCAAUUAAACAUACCCAAAGCUCGAGCUCUGAUUCUGUGUCUAAAACCUCAGAGGAUUUUCAGAAACUUGUUCAGGGAUGUGUUGGUGGGUUUAGUCAGGCCGUCAUUAGUCAUGACAUGGAUUCAGAUAUUGUGAAGGAAACUCUGUAUACUGUCCAAUCAGAGGAGGAAAGGAUGAUGUUCACCAUGACUGCCAGAGACUGCCUGCUGUUUGGACCAAAGAAAUACACAGAUUUGAUUAAAAAAGAAUCAACAAGAGUGGAACGACAGUUCAAAGACAAACUUAAGAAGAAUGUGUUUAAUGACAAGAAGACAAGACGGAAGAAACUGAUGCCUGAUUAUGGAGCAGGAGCGGCGGGAGGAGCAGAUCUGGAUGAGCGAGUGAACUUUAGAGAGCAAAUUAAAACAGACACAGGUUUCAGUGAAGAUUCAAAAGAAAAAUCUGGACAUGACAGUAAAGAUGCUGAUGCUAAAGAGGAUACGUGUGUUAUCUGCAUGGACAGCUUCACUGAUAAACAUAAACUGAAGUGUGGUCAUGAGUUCUGUCGGGACUGUUUGAGGAUGUCAGUGAUGUUAGUGGGAUCCAUCUGUCCUGUGUGUAAAGAAGUGUUUGGGAAACUGGAGGGAAACCAGCCGAAAGGAACAAUGCAGAAGAAGCAUCCAAACCCAGGGAAGCCUUAUUAUGGGACAACUCGUCGUGCUUACUUACCAGACAACCAUGAAGGAAGAGAAGUGCUUGCACUGCUGCAGAGAGCUUUUAAUCAGAAGCUGAUCUUUACAGUCGGGACCUCAACAACCACCGAUGCGCAGAACGCUGUUACCUGGAAUGAUAUCCAUCAUAAGACCAAUACAUCUGGUGGACCUGAACGUAAUGGUUAUCCAGAUCCUGCCUACCUGAAGAGAGUGAAAUAUGAGUUAAAGGUCAAAGGCAUUGAAAGAGAGAAAAGAACACUGGAAAGCCCAAUAAAGUAUGAACUUCAGAAAGAAAUGUUUGAUGACAAGAUGAAGAAGACUCGAGGAAUCAAUUUAAUGUCUGAUUAUGGAGCAGGAGCAGCGGGAGGACCAGAACAAGAUGAGCGAGUGAACUUUAAAGGGCAAAUUAAAAAAGAAGUUUGUUUCAAUAAAGAUUCUAAAGGAAACUCUGGACACAACAGUAAAGAUGAGACGUGUGUUAUCUGCAUGGACAGCUUCACUGAUAAACAUAAACUGAAGUGUGGUCAUGAGUUCUGUCGGGACUGUUUGAGGAUGUCAGUGAUGUUAGUGGGAUCCAUCUGUCCUGUGUGUAAAGAAGUGUUUGGGAAACUGGAGGGAAACCAACCAGACGGAACAAUGAGAGUUACAAUGAGCAGGAUCAGUCUCCCCGGAUAUCCACGCUGUGGCUCUAUUGAAAUCCUCUACAACAUACCCAGUGGUACUCAAACAACGAAGCAUCCAAACCCAGGGAAGCCUUAUUAUGGGACAACUCGUCGUGCUUACUUACCAGACAACCAUGAAGGAAGAGAAGUGCUUGCACUGCUGCAGAGAGCUUUUGAUCAGAAGCUGAUCUUUACAGUCAGGACCUCAACAACCAGUGUGCAGAACGCUGUUACCUGGAAUGAUAUCCAUCACAAGACCAAUAUAUCUGGUGGACCUGAACGUAAUGGUUAUCCAGACCCAGACUACCUGAAGAGAGUGAAAGAUCAGUUAAAGGCCAAAGGCAUUGAAUUAUAAUUUGAGUUAUCUGGAGAAAAACAUCUGUAAAAAUAAACAUCAUAGACACUCUAUGAAUUUUAACUGAAGCUGCAGACCGACAUACUUAUCUGUCACCGUCACGAUCCAGCAUCCAGAGAUCUCUGGUAAAAUUUACAUGAACUACACACACACACACCACAUAAACUACCAUGACCAGAAUUCAUUGCACCAAUCAAUACCUGCUCCAGCUGAACGUCAUCCAGACACUCUCUCUGUCACGCACACACAUUUACAGCUGCGGCUCAUUCGCUAUGAUCGCCAGGAAUAUUUAUUUCAGUUUGUGUGUCCCUCUCGUUGUUUGAGUUGCUCCCAUGAUGUUCGUUUGGUCCUGGUUUGUUUUGCUUUAUUUUAGUUUGUCUUGUUUUGUCAUAGUUCUUUUAUUAAAUGGUUAAAUGCUGCUUUUGGAUCCGCUCUUUAUGCUUUUCUUCUGAACAUUACUCCGGAUGGUAACACUAAUCAGUCACCUGAACUGGUGUGAUCAGUAUGUCGGUCUGCAGCUUUAGUUGUGUGUGAAUGCACUCAUCACACAGCUAAACUGGAGUCAGAACUGAGUCCUGAUUAAGAGAAUGAACCUAAACACAGCUACAAAUCUACAAAACAGAUGAAGAAGAAAACAUCAAGCUGUUUAAUGAGUGCAGAACUCAUCCCAACUGGAAUGCAGAAACUCCUAAACUCCUCCACAAUGAUCUGAGAAAAUGAUGUCCAAUAAAUAAUUAAAUAAAAAUCUGAUUCUGA